CUGGAAGAAAUGCAGGAGGAUAAUCGGGUAAGUUCAGGAGGCCCGUAGCCGUUCUGCGUCAAGGUGUUCCUGCACUGGCUGGGAUCGCACCGCCCCACCCCUGCGCAGACCUGCGCGCCGCAACAAUCCGACCGAGGCCGCCGCGAGGAUGGGCAUCCUGAAGGACGUCAAGAACGCGAUGACGGACGCACAGAACGAGAUGCAGGGCUUGAAGCCAAGGCGGGGCGCGAAGAAGGGCCCUUCGGCUGCACAGAUCGAGGCGCGCCGCAUCCAAGGCAGCGAGGACGUGGCUCGCUGGGGCCCUUUCGCCCUCUGUUGCCGCCGCCGGGCGCCCGCGCCCCAGGCCCUGCGCGGCGACCUCAUCAAGCAGGACCUCCUCGGCUGCCAGACCACGCAGGACUCCGAGCGCAGGCCACGCCGCAAGGGCGAGACCGAGGCCCUGGCCACGCUGCCCGUCGAGCUCGCCGUGCAGCUGCCGGAGGACUACGAGCCGGGCAUGCUGGUGUCCAUGGACGGCCCGCACGGGCGCAUCGAAGCGGCUGGGCCUCCGGACGCGAAGCCGGGCACCACCGUCCGCUUCAGACUCGCCCCCCAGCCCGACUUCCAGGUCGAGGUGCCGCAGGGCGCGCGCGCCGGCACGGAGGUGCGGCUGAAGCGGGCGGACGGCCUGGAGAUCUCCGUGCCGGUGCCGAAGGGCCUGAAGCCGGGCGACGUCUUCAACAUCGCCCCGCCGGCGCUGAUGGUGCAGGUGCCGCAGGGCUGCAAGCCGGGCGAUUACGUGGUGUUCAAGGAGCCUGGCGCUGGCGAGCAGGAUUGGUGCCGCGCCCGCGUGCCAGAGGGCACGGCCCCUGGCGGCUAUUUCGCGGCCCGCCUGCCCCCGCCGGGCGAGGCGAAGUCCAAGGCUGGGGCCAAGAACCCGAAGCUCUCCACCCGCGCCAAGGGCGCCUGAGCUCGGAGCGGCUCGUGAGCGGCCCCGCCCACUCCUCCGUCCUCCUCGUUCUCGUCCUCCUUGUCCAAGUCCUCGUCGUCAUCCUCCCCUCUGACGCCACUGGGCUGGGAGCGUGGAAAUUCGCGGGGGCCGCGCUGCGGCCCAAGAGCCUAGCGCGGCGAUCGCCCCUCGCGCGCACGCCGCCUGUCGGCCGCCAGUGGCCGACAGGAAUUUACUCUAGAGGCACUCGGCGCGCGCACGCAGCUCGUGUCCCGCGCUGCUGCGCAGAAGCGGCGCGCGCUCUUGGAGUGCCUUGGUGAACGAGUUUUGCCAAUCUUCCGGACCGCUCCGAAUAUGAGCAGCAGCAGCAGCAAGAGGCGUCUGAGG